AUGUCGCGAUCUUCGAAUGCCUUGUGUGUACCCACCGGGCAACAAGACGAGCUUUCAAAGAAAUUACAAGAUUGUCAGAGCCUUUUGAAGGAAGCUGAGCCAUUUGUACCCGGGCGCACAGCUAAACGAAUUCAACAUUUUUUGCAAGUCUCGGAUUCUGGAUAUGUAUCCAACGAUAUCUCUGGUGAGAUAGCUUCCGAGGAACGCACAGGAAACUCUCCAGAACCCGAAGACGAAGAACUCGACAGCUCAAGUUCUUCUGUGGGGUCACUGAAAGCCUUGGACGAAGUUGAAUACGAUGUUAACCUCACCAACGAAUCGCGAGCCACGGGGUAUAUUGGCAAAAGCUCGGAAAUCACAUGGUUGCAACGACUGCAGCAGGAGACCCUGCAACGAAAUGGUGCCCAUGACAAAGACAGCAAUACGAGCAAUGUGUUUGGACCCCCGGAAAUAAACUAUCACCUUGAUGAUUUCGAUAUAGGGGUGUCAGAGCCUGUGCAGAUGUAUUGGGUGCCUCCUAGACAGCUAGCAGAUCAACUUUUCGAGACUUACCUUCGCGUGGCUCAUCCUUCCUUCCCUAUCAUCAAUCGUCCUUUGUUUUGUGAUCAGUAUGACAGAUUCUUCGACAGCCCUGCGCUGCCCGGGGACAAAUGGAUGGCUAUUCUGAAUAUGAUAUUUGCUAUCGCCGCUAACUAUGCUCAUGUCGCCGAGUUGAAAUGGCAUGGGGAUCACCAAGACCACCUACUAUAUCUGACUAGAGCUCGAAUGCUGAGCAUGAACGGAGAUGAAGUGUUUCGCCACCCGGAUCUUCAACAAGUCCAGGUGGAGGGUUUGAUGGCCUUCUAUCUUCUUUCUACGCAUCAGAUUCACCGAUCUUGGAGAAUAUCCGCUUUGGCGAUCCGCUCUGCAGUGUCUCUUGGAAUGAACUUGAAGAAUAACAAUCCAAAUAUCACGGAUGUCUCCAAGGAAAUUCGCAACAAGGUUUGGUGGUCUCUCCUUGCCACCGAGAACAAGCUCGGUCUAAUGACUGGUCGACCUACUUGUAUCUCGGUGAACAUGUGUAGUUCACCAUUGCCACUCCCGUUCGAAGAGAAUGAUUUGCAACAAGAACCGGCCGUUUCUCUUCUCAGUGAUCCUGAAAUCCGAGACAGUCAUGUGAAUAAUGUCAUGGCCAGCUCGUAUCUUCGGAAGGCACCCCUUGGAAAACCCAGCAGUGGACUGCAUCCAAAAACCACUAAUGAAUGGCUCCAUAACCUUCCUGUCUCUACUGGACUAUAUUUCUUGUAUUUCUGUGACCUCAACAUGCUCAUGCAGGAGCUUUUAGACCGUGUCUACACGGCCAACGCUAUCCACCAAGCUUGGAAGAAUAUAAAAGACCAAAUCAUCGAGAUCAGAGCAAGCGUUGAUUUAUGGCUCUCCUCACUUCCACCAGGCCUGGAUUUCACUCGCAUGGAAAGUGGUGAUCAAGACCCCGAGGAGAAGAUUCGCCUGGCGUUACCAUAUUACAGCGCGCGAAUCAUGCUGGGCCGCCCAUGCCUUUGUCGACACGAUAGGGACAGUCCUCAGCACAACGAAGACCAGGUCUUCACCCAAGCCAUGGCUGUAUCAGCCCUCAAGUCUGCUAUACAAAUGGCUCAUUUGAUACCAGAUGAUGCAAACACUGGUCGAUCAAAUGAAUUUCUCCCCUGGUGGUGUCUUCUCCACUACGUCAUGCAGACAUUAACGGUCAUGAUCCUUGAACUUUCCUUUGGAAACAUUCAUUUGCCACAGGAAAAAAGUAAUUUACUACAGCUAUCCAAGAAGUGUAUCAGAUGGCUCGUCAGGACGUCUCGACAUAGUGUUGCGUCCCAUCGAGCAUGGCAACUCUGUGACAGCGCCCUUCGUGCACUCGCAGAGCCCAUGGGUCUCGAUGUCAGUGAUUUACCAUCGAAUCCCUCUCCGCAACAGCACGUCGAUAUCAAAUCGUUUGGCGGCCCCUCGAUGGAAAGACAUUUUUAUGGCAAUGAUAGUCCGAAGCAGGACUUUAUCAUGCAAGAUCCCGCCGAGGGAGGUUUCACCGCUAGCCCGGGAAACAAUCUAUUUUCAACAACCGGAUCUGGCUUUGCUCAGGGACAUUUUACUCAUGACCCACUCAGUGAGAAUUUCCUAGAUUUCUUCUUCCCUGAUGUUGAGCAUACGGAUUCGCACAUGAGAGAAUCUUAA